AUGCCAAUUGACAUUGAGCUCGUAAUAAAGUUAAAGCUUCCAAUGAUGAAAAUUGUCGGUCUUUCUUUGGAGCUAAUGAAAUCUUUAUUAAACUCCCUCUCUGCAAUUCCAAAGUUUUACGUCGUUCGUAUAACAAAUCUUCAAUUGGUUUUGAGAAAUUUUUAUCAGGGCUUAUUCUUGCAACAACGAAAGUUGGCUCAAAAUGUAUGCGUUGGGCAACAAGGAGAAUAUUUGGAAUUUGUUCAUGGUACAUCAAUGGAUAAGGCGAAGGAAAUCAACAAUACUUAG